GACGGUCGCAGCAGAAUCGUGUGUUUACGUUCGUGCAGCUCACAAUAAGAAUCGUAUACUGGUCAAAAUGGUGACAACUGUAGCCGCGGGUAGUGAAUUUAAAAUGUGUGAGGUUUUGUUUUAACGUGUACGUGUGUGAGGAAGCGGCAGAGAGAUGGACUUCUUUAGGAAACAGGUGAAAUCAGACUGCGAGGAGCUGCUGAGGCGCUUCCAGGAAACGGACUCUGUCCGCUUCGAGGUUUUCUCCAAAAUCUGGAGGGAAAUGAACUUCGCACAAAUUUUCUAUGGCACUGUGGGGCAUGAGAAGCGAGCGUUCAGUCGUCUGGUUCUGGACUCCACCUGCAGAUUCUUCCUGCCGCCCUUCAGCUUCCAGAUCAGAGUGGGAGGACUUUAUCUGCUGUACAGCCUGUAUCGGUGUCAGACCGCCUCGCCCUCAGAGCAGAUCCGUCUGGCGCUGAAGGACUGGGACGACAUGAAGAAGUUCGAGAAAGACGCUGUGGACGCUCAGCACGUCGACGUCGUCUACAUCUUCCGACAGCUGAUGUUCCUCAAAGCGUUCCACUUCACCGCCAUGCCCACUCAGCUCACCUACAAUAAGAAGAAGAAGGUAGAGAGGUCGGCGUUGUGUGAGGAGUUCAUCGAGCGAGCGUCUCGUCCGCAGCAGCUGAUCAACAUCGAGCUGCUGGAGGAAUUGUCCAACAUUCACGAUCUCUACAAGAAGCUCAAGUCUUCUGUCUCUAUGACAACAGAACAGGCAGAUUCAUCCGUCAACCUGAUCCAUAAAGACCUGGUCCCUCAGCUGCGCAGCACCGUGGUGGAUUUCUACAAGUGGCAGCAAAGGAAGGAUGGUGCAGAGGAAGAUGAAGAUGACAACAGCGGUGAGGGAACGUCAUCUCAACAGGAGUGCUCGAAAAGAGCCGGGCUCCUCGCCUCCAUCAAAUCAAAGGCGUACGGACAGGCAUCAGAGGCCCCCAAGUCACGUCGUCAUCGUCAGGUGGAGGUGGAUUUCACCAGCGCUGAGGCUGGACCCUCCACCAUGCCGGGUUAUUCCAGGAUUAGUAAACCGUCACUCAAAGCCAGAACCAAUGAGAAUGUACACAUCUCAGGUGACAUGUGGAAAGAAGCAAUGACGACCACUGCGAUCCAUCGUCUCACCAGUUUGGACUCUGUUCCUGAAGCAAAACCAAAAAAAUACAAAAGAUUUGAGUGGACAUGAAGACAAUGCAGGAAUCAACCUUCAUUCUGACUGGAGCAGAACGUUUUUUAAGGAUGAUGUAUCAGUGAAAAUAUAUUAUAAUUGUAAUUAAUAUUCUGUAACUGAAAGUUUGUCCUACCACUUACUGGCACUAUAUUACAAAAAUGUGAAUGCUUUUAUAUUUUUAAAGAACUGGUCUGUUAAAGAAAAACUAUAGUUGUAACCCUGUUUACGUUUGUUACAAAAUGUAGAGGUUUGCAAAAAGUAAACAACAACUUUUCAGAGUCAUAAAAGAUGAAGAAGUUUCCUGUUUUCUUUUUACAUUCUUGCAGCCAUCAGUAGUUGAAAACUCACUCUCUAUCUGUCUCUUUGAGUAAGUGUUGUUACAGAAAUGUUGUCUUUUACUCACUACAGGAAAUGUCUAAAUACAUUAUGCAUGUUUAGGAGGGUAAAUUCAUAAAAACAUCCUAAUGAGGUUCAUCUCUCAGGAGGUUCUUCUCUGAGAGGUUAAAACUGGAUAUCUGUGAUGUCUUUAUUUUUGCUUCUGGUGUUUUAAAUGUUUUAUAAAAUGUCAGUGUAAUUUUUACUGUUAAUUUUGUCCAUCUCUUUUUAUAUGUGACAUUUGAUUCAGACAUAAAGUAAGAGGACAUCCUGCUCACGUACUUUUGUCUGCUUUUGGCUUGGGCCUGGGUUUCAUGGUUUUGGCCCCUCAGUUCUAAUGACGGGAAAUCUUAAACCUUAAUCCAAAACUGGGGGUCUAAAGACAAUAUGUUUUUGUUUUGUUGUUUUUUUUUUAAUGUAAAAUGUUAAUCUGAAAAGUAAC